AUGAAUUUCAAUUAUUUAAUUUUAUUAAUUUUUUUAAAUACGGAAAUCUAUGCACUUAAACCAAUACAUUUAACAAUUGUUGUAUGUGGUGAUAGACUUGAAGAAGCACUUAAUGCGUUAAAAUCAUCAUUAAUUUUUACACCAUCACCAAUUAUUUUUCAUGUUUUUACUGAAGAUCAUUUAAGAGAACAAUUUAAAGAAAAAAUUAAUUCAGAAUGGCCUAUUGAAUAUAGAUCAAAAUUUGAAAUUGAAUAUUAUCAAAUUCAAUUUACGCGUGGAAAUGAUGAACGAUGGAGGAAAUUAUUUAAACCAUGUUGUACUCAACGUUUAUUUAUUCCAGAUAUACUGACAAAUAUUGAUUCAGUAAUUUAUAUUGAUACGGAUAUUUUAUUUUUAAGUAAUAUAAGAAGUUUAUGGCGUUUUUUUCGAAAAUUUAAUUCAACUCAAUUAGCUGCAUUAACAUCAGAACAUGAAGAUCCAUCUAUGGGAUGGUAUAAUCGAUUUGCGCGCCAUCCAUAUUAUGGGUCAAUGGGACUCAAUUCUGGUGUAAUGUUAAUGAAUUUAACACGUAUGCGUCAAAUGAACAUGAUUUCUAAGAUAAUGACUAUUUUUGAUGAAUUUCAUUUAAACAUAACUUGGGGUGAUCAAUGUUUAUUAAAUAUUUAUUUUAGUUAUUACCCGGAACAAAUAUAUGAAUUUGGUUGUGAUUGGAAUUAUCGACCUGAUCAUUGUGUUUAUGAAAAUAAUUGUCAAAUAGCUAAAUUAGAUGGUAUUAAAAUUAUUCAUGGUUGUCGUAGUGCAUUUCAUAAUGAUAAAUAUCAAGAAUUUAAAUCUAUUUAUCAAGUUAUUCAUAAUUGGAAAUUUGAUUCAAAUUUAAAAUAUUCAUUAUUAACCGAAAUAAAAAAUAAUUUAAAAAAUUAUUCAUUAACCAAUUGUGGUAAAUCACAAGAAUUAUUUACAAAACAUUUAUCAAAAGAAAUAUCAUCAUUAAAUUAUUCAUUAAAAAAUCUAUUUCAUAUUGCUUUGAUAUUUAAUAAUAAUUGGAAUUUUAUUGAACAAUCAUAUAUUCUUCUUAAAUCUCUUAUGUUAUUUUCUUCAAAUAAAACUUAUCAAAUACAUUUACAUGUUAUUAUAACAGAUAACAAUGCUCAAAAUUAUUUUUCUAAACAAAUUGAAUCAAUGUACUAUUCAAUUACAUAUUACAACAUGACGAUACAGCAUCCACUUCAACUAUCGACAAUAUUAAAUGUUGAUCGUGUUGUUUAUUUAAAUCCAAAUAUAAUAUUUAUAAAUUCUUUUGAUAAAUUAUGGUCAUUAUUUGAUCAAUUUAAAUCAAAACAAGCUAUUGGAAUAUUUGGUCAAUGUCAAAUUUCAGGUACUUCAAAUGUGUUACUUAUUCAUUCAACUCAAAUGAAAAAUUUUAAAAUUGAUUUCAAUGGUGUUAAUUAUUUAUCUACAGAAAAUAUAUAUUUUCUACCAUGCAAAUAUAUUCUUGAUGUUGAUCAUUGUCAAUCGAAAGAAGAGAUUUUAUUUCUUCCUGAAACAAUAAACCAUUCAUUAUUUGGAAGUUUAUAUAAAAUUAUUAGUCGAUUCGAUUUAACAAAAUCAAAUCAUUGGAAUGAUUUAAUUGAGAAUGAAUUUAAUCAAAUUGAAAAUACACAAUGUCGAAAUAAAUUAAUUGAAUUAUUUUUAACAAAUAAAAAAAGCUAA